UUUUCAUCUCCACCAACCACCCUCUCUCUCUCUCUCUCUCUCUCUCUCUCUCUCUAUUCUGUUCUGAGCUUCUUCUUCUUCUUCUUCUUCUUCUUCUUCUUCAGAUAAACAAAAAUGCUCUGUUCUCGAUCCUGCAUCCGCACGAUCGCCGUCACCGCCGAUCACACGAAUGCCGCCUCCACCACCCGCUCCUUCCCUCACUCCCUCGCCGUCGAUUUCUCGUCCCAUCCCUUCCCUCUCAUCCGAACCCGUCGUUUUCGCUGUCCCAAAUCAAUCCUCAUUUCCUGCAACUCCUCCCGCACCAGCAGAUCCAGUUUCCUCGAUCAUCACAACAACGACGAUUUCCUUGAAGCUUCCCUCCUUCUCUCAGGUAUAUCCAUGUGUAUGCAUCGCUGAAAUUUUAAUUACUUGCGCAGAAACAAUCUCGCACUAUCACAUGUGGAGGCAACGAUUUCAACCAGAGUUACAACGGAAAUCACGUAGACCAUCGAUUCCCUUAUCUGUACAGGAAAAAACUUCAAGGUCAUAUAAUAAUUUAUCAAGACAAGGCUUUCUGCAGCGUUUCCAGAAUCCUACUAUUUUUCUCAAGGUUUCUUGUGAUGGAGACUAUAUUCUGCCCAUUGUUGUAGGGAAGAUUGCUAUUGAAAAACUUAUAGGUGCUGAAGUUGAACAAGAAAGUGAGGAUUGCCCAGACCAGUUCCAGUUUGUGAAAGACCUGGUUGAUAGACUAGAUCAUGAAGUGAUAAUGGUGAGGAUUACAGAGAGAGUGGUCAGUACUUACUUCGCCAAAUUAUACAUUAGCCAGCCAGGAGAAAGUGGUAUUAUUAGUCUGGAUGCACGUCCCUCAGAUGCCAUUAAUGUAGCAAAUAGAUGCAAGGCUCCAAUAUAUGUAAGUAAACAAAUUGUUUUCACAGAUGCUAUCAGACUUGGUUAUGGAAUGGGAGGAGUGCUUAAGAAAAAGGCUACUUAUGAUGUAUUGCUUGACAGUCCUCUAGAUGGUCCAGAUGUGGUAGCUCAAGAACUGAGUAUGAUGCGUAGUAUGCAUACAGCCAUCAAAAUGGAAAGAUUUAAAGAUGCAGCUAUAUGGAGAGACAAACUUGCAAAUCUUCGUAAAUCUUCUCAUGGGAGCUAAAUACCUUGUUAGGGCAAGUUCUGAAGAAGAAUGUAUGGAUAUCCUUUCCUGAUAAUUUUUUCAACAGGAAUAUAAGAUAGAGAUGAAGGACAAUAGCAAAAUUAUGUGUUGUACAGUUGUGUAUUAUAGUAGUUUACUAAAGUUUGUGUACAUAAAAAUGUAUUAGAAUGCCAGAAAACUUGUACUAGGCUACUGGGGGGCUACCAGACUUCUACUGAUUACUUAGAAUUGCGAUGAUGAUCAGAGCAUGUUCGCAAUCCUUGAAUUGAUCCUUGAUUCGAAGAAUUUAUAGUGAAAUGUUCAAGAAUUAAUUCUGAUUGCAAGUUACAAGUCUUAGUUUUUGAUA